AUGAACUACCUGAUCCCAGUUACCCCUAAGCGGGCUUCUCAGAUUGCAUCGUCUUUGGUCUUCCGGUCCUACAUCCAAUUUACUUCACGCCCAAAUCAUACUUACACUUCGCGUCACAAUAAUUCUGGUCCUCUUUCCGGAGUCAAAAUUCUUGAUUUGACCAGAGUACUAGCUGGCCCAUUUUGCACCCAAAUUCUUGCGGAUUACGGAGCAGAUGUAGUGAAGGUUGAACAUCCCAACGGCGGAGAUGAUACCCGGCUUUGGCGAGAAGCAGGCGAGGAGAUUAUUUGGAGACCCGAAGCGACCAACACAUCCAUCUAUUUCAACACUAUUAACAGAAAUAAGAGGUCUAUUGCGGUCAAUUUGAAGGAUGAAAAGGGUAGAGAGAUUAUCUUCGAGUUGACUCGCAAGGCAGACGUAGUAGUAGAGAACUUUAUUCCUGGGAAGCUGGACAAAUUGGGACUUGGGUAUGAGGCAUUGAAAGCCGUCAAUCCGUCUAUUAUAUUGGCGAGCAUUUCCGGCUACGGUGCCGAUGGCCCAUUCUCCCGGCGUGCAGGGUACGAUGUUAUUGGCGCCGCUGAGGGUGGCUUGCUUCAUAUCACUGGCGAAGCAGACGGCCCUCCAACGAAGCCCGGUGUUGGGUUGAUGGACAUGUGUACAGGGCUGUACCUCCACGGUGCGAUUGUAUCCGCAUUGCUCGCACGUGAAAAAACAGGAAUUGGACAGAAGAUAGACACUUCGCUAUUCGAAACCACAAUUUCAAUACUCGCGAAUGUUGGCAUGUCGUGGAUCAAUCUCGGCAAGGAGGCGCAACGCUGGGGCACAGCACAUCCAACCAUCGUUCCCUAUGAAGCAUUCAAAACAAAGGACUCGUUCCUUGUUGUUGGUGCAGUCAAUAAUAGGCAAUUUAGCAAUCUAUGUAAACUAUUAGGAAACGAGGAUCUAGCGAAUGACCCUCAGUUUGUUGACAACAAUGCUAGGGUCCAGAAUCGGAAAGAUUUGAAGCGUAUACUAGAUGGCCUUUUUGUGACGAGAACGACAGAAGAAUGGGAGAAAGUCUUUGAAGGAAGUGGAAUGCCAUAUGGCCCGAUAAAUACAUUGGAGAAAGUUUUCUCGCAUCCACAGGCUCUUGCUAGGAACAUGGUGGAAACUGUAGAGCAAAACGAAGCGGUAUCAGGAAAGGUCAAGGUCCUCGGGAUGCCGGUCAAGUUCAGCCAUUCGAAGCCGUCAAUCAGAGAAGGACCACCAUUGUUAGGGCAGCAUACGGAGGAAGUGUUGCAAGAACUCGGGCUGUCUUCUGACACGAUUUUAGAGCUACGCAAGGCUGCGGUUAUAUAG